AUGGAUACUCAUGGAAGUUAUGAACAAAGGACUAAAUCAAUUGUAAUUAGAAACAAGCCUACAAUUAGAAAUGUGGAAAUUAAUAAUAAUUUCGUUUAUGAAAAUCAAGAGCUUUCAGCAAAAGUUACAUUUGAUGAUUAUGAUAAUGGAAAAAGAUUAUACUUCCAUUAUGUACUUAACAAUGAUGAUUACUAUACUACCACUGCAAGCAAAUUAUCUAAUGUGUUUGAAGGUCAAACAAUUGACGUUCCAUUUACUAUUCCAAGUAAUACAGAAUUGGGAACAUUGGUUAUUGAAUUUUAUUGCACCACAGAAGAAACAGCCAUUACUACACCAGCAGAUAAAAAUGUAAGAUCUGAAGAAGUACCAAGAUCUCUAACAGUAACAUUCAAGCCAUUUUUGGAAUUGAACCAAAUCAGUGGAAGCUAUACAACAAACUCAGAAAUCCAAUUGAGCGGCAUGAUUCAAUGCAAAUAUCCAGUCGAAUUCAAGAUUCUAAUUAAUAGAAAGCCUCUUCAAGAAACAAUCAUGUAUUCACCAGUAAGUGAUGCAAAAACAUCUUUUACUAAGAAAUUUAAUCUUCCUGACAUGAAAUGGGGAAAUAAAGAGAUGAAAGUUUCAAUUAUAGAUUCUGUUUCCAAACUUGAAAGUUCACAACAAACAUUAUCCUUCACAUUUAAGCACAAGCCAGUUCUUAGAAACCUAGAAACAUUGUCAAGAGCUUAUGCCAGCGGACAAGGAAUGUAUAUUGAAGGAAGACUUGAUUGCAAAGAUUACAAAACAUUUUAUUCUUAUGCUAAAUUAGGUGAUGAUGAACCAAUCAAAUUAAAUAGUGUUUGCAGAUCUGAUGGAACAAUGAAUCAGAAUGCACCAUUUUAUCAUAGAUUUACAACAGCCCAAAAAGGAAAUCUUUCUUUAACAAUAUGGAUUUCAGAUAGCUCUGAUAUAAACGGUGGAGAUGAUCUUGGAAAGUCUGAACCGGUCACAAUAUAUGUUGGUUUUAGUAAUAUACCAGAUUUCCAUGUUCAAUGGCUCUCUACAAAUGAAUACUUCAGUAGAAAUACUUCAAUUAAUUUCAUUAUAAAGAUUGAUGAUGAUGACGAUGUUUCAUUGCAAUAUAUUCUCGAUGGAAAAGUUAUUCAUAACGAAACUCUUGAAAUUGACAAUACAAGAUUUGAACAACAAAGAUCAUUUACCAUUCCAGAUAAUUUAUCUAGAGAGAAGCAUUAUCUUCAAUUAAUGCUGAUAGAUAAUUAUGGAUUUAGAAAAGGUUCUGACGACGAAGAAAAAGGUUUUUAUGUCAUGGAUCGUCCUAUAAUUGAAGAAGUUGGACUUGAUAAUCCUUAUUUAUUACAAUCUGAAGUUUCCAAUAUUGUUGGAUUUUUCAAUGAUAUGGAUCAAGGAAUGAUUAUUUAUCUUUUUGUUCAAGUUGGACAAAAGCCAGUCACUGAACCAGCAAAAUCUUUUCAAUCUAAUUUUCAUAUAUGUUAUUAA